AUGCAGCGAGGCGAUCCCUUUAUCCAAGGAACACUUAAGAUUAACGGAAAGACAUACAGGGCUAUAUGCAAUUGCAACCAAGGCCUGACCGAAGGCGAUCAGAAGCUCACGGAAGUUGUACCACUGUGCAAUCCAAGUAAUGUCAAGAUUCAUCAAGACAAAUCUGCAGCAGGAGGGCUCUCCGCGUCCGAAGUGCGCUCCAUUUGGGGCCAGCCAUCAGAUGCAACCUUUGCCAACGUUUCUGAGUCACAUUUCGCGUGCCUUGAUGACCGGGUCACAGCGCCUUCUUUGUAUACCCCUGGAGGGGACCUGGGCGAGUUCGCGCUCGCGCUUACGGCGUGUGGCACGGCCCCUAACGACGCAAUCAUUCUGCAGAUUCUGAAUGCUUACGUGGCAUCUGUUCCCGGAACCCGGAAAUUUUACCACUGCACAGAUGACGAAGCCCUGGAGCACAUGGAGUCGUACUUGGGCGUGGAAGGCCUGGAUAUGUUCUCCCCCGAUCCACCGACGCAAGCUGAAAUCACGAAAGCGCUGGAGCAGCCUAGAAACGUGGGAGAUGUUCAUUUCAGAAGCAUGAUGAAGAACCCCGGAUGGUAUGACCUGCCCCCCAAAGAAAGCGAGCUUGUUUUGGCCGCACCAAGGGAUAGACUCUCGACGGCCGUCAUGAAAGCAUUCUUUGCGAUUCUUUGGGACAGUUCAAAUCCCAAUCAGCCGCGGAUGCAGCUAGACGUCUUGGCAGGAAAACAUGGGCCACAAGCAUUCUUAGAAAUUGCAACCACUGAAGACUGCGAAGCAGCCGGGGUGGCACCCCUGCUAAAGGCUCGGGGGCGACAGGCGAGGGCGCUCGUUAGCCACAUGAACGCAGUUAAUGCCAGGAGAAAAGAAUUAGCCGCAUUCCUCACCAAAAACAGUUUCUGCUCCCUUAGCGCGGAGGAGCUGGCGUCACGCAUGGACCGUUACGGUAGGGCUCUACAACAGCCAUGCGACACCACACACUGGCAUUGA